GCUGCUGCCGAGUGUGUGAGUGUGUGUGGGAGGAGACGCUGUAACAUUGACGUGGGUGUGGGGACAUUUACUGUGGAUACACAGACGUUACUGUGGGGACACAUUGACACAGGGAGCAGUGGAGCGAGCAGCAGCCUGAGGAUUGUCUUACCGUCGGUGACCUGUCUGUCACCAUGUUCAAGAAAAAGAGCAAAUCCACCGUGAUCACGACGCCCAAAGCGACGGCUCCCUCCACAGAACUGAGCGUCCUGAUCGAGAAGCUGCAGAAGAAUGCCGACAAAGUGGAGAAGAACAUCUACGACGUCGAGCAGAACCUCAACAAGGACGUCAGUAAGAUCAACGAGGGGAAGCAGCCGCUGUAUCAGGAUGACGCCAACAAGAGAAUCCUCAACUCUCUGGAGCUUCUCACCGGUCUGGACGAGGACGCCGUCAACGCCAAGCGCCUCAAGCACCCGCAGGCUGAGAUGAUCGAGCAGGACAUGAGACAGCUGCGGGAGAGAGUGAAGAAGCUGAGGGACGACCAUGACCGCAUCUACCACCUGGUCCGUACUGAGGGGGUUCCCACCAUCAACUGGGGCAACAUGAUCGAUGAGAAGAUGGACAACCUUUCAAACAAGGGCUUUGGGCAGGACCUGCCGUCUGUGGAGAACGAGGUGGAGGAACACAACAUCUUCCACAGUGAGGUGGAAGCUCUGGCCCCUCAUAUCUCCACUGGAGGUGACAAGGAAUACGUCAACAGUCUCCAGACCAAGUACAACAAGCUGCUGGCCACGUCAGGUUCCCGUCAGCGUCACCUGCUCAGUCUGCGCGACUACAUGCAGCGCUGCACCAACGAGCUCUACUGGAUGGACCAACAGGCCGAGGAGAGGGUCAACUACGACUGGAGUGACAGUAACCUGGACUACCCCGCCCGCCAGAGGCAGUACGAGAACUUCAUCAGUAAAUGUCUUGAGAGUAAAGAGGCCACCAUCACUAAGCUGAACGAUGAUGGAGAGAAGCUGAUUGCUGCAGAGCAUCCUGGGAAGAAUGUCAUUGAGGCUCACAUGGAGGCGGUCCACGCCGACUGGAAGGAGUACCUGAACCUGCUCAUCUGUGAAGAGAACCACCUGAAACACAUGGACGAGUAUCACAAGUACCAUAAGGAGGCUCGUGACACCCAGGACCUGCUGAAGCGUCUGGACACUGAGGUCAACCAGAAGUACAACCCUGAGUUCAAAGACGUGUAUCAGAUGGAAGGUCUCAUCAGGGAGCUGGAUGACCAAAGCAAGGCCAUGGACCACUUUGAUGAGCGGGUCAAGGCUCUGCAGAAGCGCAGCCUGCAGGUGUUGCCUCUCAAGUACCGCAGAGAAACUCCUCAGAAGCUUCUGCCUGUUGAAGCUCUGUGUGAGUUUGACACGGACGAGGGGCAGAUUGUGCGCGGUGAGCGGUACACACUGCUGCGUAACAACGGGACCAAAUGGGACGUGAAGGAUGCAGCUGGACGCAAAAUCACUGCCCCCGCCGUCUGCUUCAUGAUCCCGCCCACUGACCCUGAUGCAGUUUCCAUCUCUGACAAUCUGGCUGGUCAGCAGAAGUCUCUCAAACAGAAGAUGGGAGGCAGUAAGGCGACUCUGCUGAAGCGCUUUGAUGAGCUGAAGAGGGAGAGUGGCACAGACAAGCAGGAGCAGCAAUGCCGUCAGCUGAUGGCCGGUCUGGAUAAAGUGGUCAAUGAUCUGGACAAACAAGAGAAGGCCAUUCAUGGACGAGUGCGUCCACCACUGGAGCAGAACAGGCCUCUGCAGGACAGCGCUGACCGUCUGCAGGACAUGGGGGACAUUGCUGCAGCUGUCCGCAGGAUUGAACCUGAGAAAUCCUCUAAAGUUCAGGAUGCAAAGAGUUUCCUGGUCUCAAACCCGACGUGCACCAGUGCUGCUCAGCUUCACAGCAAAGUCGAUGAAGCCAACAAGAAGUACGACAGGAUCGAGGACCUUCUGCAGUGCUCUCAGGAGAAAUUGAAGAAUUCCAACCAGCUGGAGACAUCGCUGCAGAACGGGAAGACUCUGCUGUCGACCUACGAGAACAAGCUGGCCAGAGAGGAAGUGGCUCCAGCUGACAUGUCUUCACUGGAGAAAACUCAGCGUGAGCUUGGGGAUGUUGCUUCAGACCUGAGGUCCAAGAGGUCAGUGAUCUCUGACACGGAGCAGAACCUGCGCUUGGCUAAAAACAGCUGUGACAACAUGGCCACCAAGUUCCAGGAGCACUGUCCAGACAUCGAGCGUCAGGAAGCUGACGUCCAGAAACUCAACAAGCGUUUCAACAACCUCAACAGACAGAUCGACACCAGGUCUCAGAGUCUGCAGAGAGCUAAGAUGUCGUACAAGAACUACCGUAAUGAUUAUGAUAACCUGAACAGCUGGCUGUCUCGUAUCCCAAACUACGAGCCUCGUGAAACUGACGACACCAGACAAGUGGAGACCAAGCUGAAGAAUCAGAGGAACUUGCUCUCAGAUAUCGCGAGAAAGGAGUCUGACCUGAACAAUGUGUCCAAGAAUGCUCAGCUGUACCAGCAGGCUGUCAGAGACUAUGAGAUUGAAACAGAGAAGUAUAGAUCCCUGCUUGACCUGGAAGACGGACUCGUCCCUCAGACUUACAAGAGGAGUCGACUGGAAUCUCCUGCAAAUACAGUCAAGGCAGAGGAAGCUGCCAUCGAAGCUAAAUUUACCGAGGUCAAUGCUGUGCACAACCAGAGGCUACAGAAUCUGGAGUUUGCAGACAGUCUUCUUAGACAGCAACCAGAUACGUCCAUAAUCCAGUCUACUCAUGUCAAAUCAGUCCAUGCUGCCCCAGGAGAAGAGCCUUGGAGAUACAGGAAGCAGCUGGAAGAUGAGAUCCAGAGAAGGGAGCAGUUAGAAAAAGAACUUGAACUCAUCCAAACUGACAUCUAUGUCCUUGAAGGACAGAAGCCCCAGGAUACAAUUGUCAAGAAGGAGCUGAUUAAGAAGGUUCCUGACCCCCAGCUGGAUGAAGAGAUACACAAAGUCCAGCAGAGGCUCUCAGAGGAGCGACGCACUACUCAUGUUCUGGAGAACGACCUGGAAGUGCUGAAGCUGAAGCUGCGUGGCCUCGAGACCGAGGUCAAAGAAGGGGCUCAGCAGUACACUGUGAAGGAAGUCCUGCGAAUAGAAAGAGACCGUGGUCAGGAGGAGGAAAUGCGCCGGCUUCGAGAGGAACUGGAUGAGUUGAGAAGACAGAAGCUCAUCAAAGACAACGAGCUGAUUCAGAUCCACAAGCAGGUUACUCUUCUGGCUGAGGAGAAGAACAAGGAGCAAGAGGUGAUCACUGAAGAGGAGGUGAUCAAAGUUCAGAAUGACCCUCAACUUGAAACAGAAUAUCGGGUUCUCCUCGACAGGAAGCAGAAGGAAAUGGAAGGCAGGCAGCAGCUGGAGGAUGAACUGAAAUUUCUUCAGGAGAGGCUAAGAAGGCUAGAGAAAGAAAAGGCCAUGGCGGAGGAGAAGAUUUCCAUUAAGGAAGUGCUGAAGGUAGAGAAAGAUGUUGCCUUUGAAAGAGAGGUAGACAACCUCAGAAGACAGUAUGAAGAUGAGAAAACGAGACGUAGAUCAUCACAGCGAGAAAAGGCUGACCUCCAGAGGAAAAUUACCAAUCUAGAGGAGGACAAGUCCAAAGUUGUCAUUCAAGAGAAAGUGCGGGAAAUUGUCCGUCCUGACCCCAAGGCUGAAAAUGAGGCGGCCAAUCUGCGGCUUGAACUCGUGGAGCAGCAGAGACGCUAUAGAGAUGCAGAGAUGCAGUUUAGGUCCCUGCAGGAUGAGUUGACCAUGCUGAGAAACCGAGGACCCCAGGUGGAGGUGAAGGAGAUCAUCAAAGAAGUCAUCAAAUACAAGACAGAUCCUCAGACUGAAAGAGAACUGGAGAGACUUCGCAAUGAAAUAGUGGAUAAAACCCACCAGACAGAGAAAUCAGAGAUGGAAAUCCGCCAGCUUAAUGAUGAAAUUCAGAGAUGGAAGGACACCAAACCCCAAGUGCAGACUAAAGAGGUGGUCAAUGAAGUGCUGCAGUACAGAGAAGAUCCUAAGACGAAGGAGGAGAUUGAGAUUCUGAAGAGGAAACUGGCUGAUGAACAGACCAAACGCCUCGAGCUUGAAAGAGACCGGUCAGCCCAAGAGGAGAAGAUCAGACUGAAGAAAAUGGACCUGUCUCAGGUCCGUGAGAAGAUUGUUCAGCAAGAAGUGGUGAAAGUAGAAGAAGACCCUAUCCUCAAGUCAGAGUGUGACUCCUUCUCACUCAACAUCAGCAAUGAGCAGAAACAGAAGGAUAGCCUGAAAACUGAGCUUUACCAACUGCAGAGGCAGAAGACUGACCUGGAUCUGCAACUGGAAGAAUUAGAGCGUGAGCGCAAAGCAAGACGAGAUGCAGAACUGGAGAUCCAGAGGCUUCGCAUCAGACUCAAUGAGCUGGAGAUCCGAGACAAAGAGAACAGAGAGAAGGUGACAGUCAAACAGAAGGUGGUUCUGCAGCAGGAUCCCCAACAGGAGAAGGAACACUCCAUCCUUAAACUGCAGCUCGAUGAAGAGAGGCACAAGCGUGUCCUGCUGGAGAAAGAGCUGAAUGCCCUCAUUCAGCAGCAGCUCACCCUGGAGAAGAUGGAUGUGAAGGAAAGAGUUGUCCGCACUGAGAAAGUCCAGGUUGAGAGGGACCCAGAGGCUGAGCUGGAGAUCCAGAACCUUACUAGGACUCUGGAAGAAGAGAAAAGGAAAAAACGAGAACUUGACCAGGAGCUCUCUGUCCUCAUCACCAGGAUCUCUGAUAUGGAAUUCACCAACACCAAGUCAAGUAAAGAACUGGACUACAUCCGUGAUGAAAGUAGCCGACUGCAGCAAGAAAACCAAAGGCUGCAAAAUGAGAUUCGAAAGCUUCGGUCUGAGAUUGAAAUCACCAGCAAAGAGACUCGGAUUAUCACAGAGUCUGCACCGAGGGAGGAAGGGAAGAACCUGGAGCUGAGGCUUGAUUCUCUACAGAGAGAACUCGCAGAUCUGAAGCAUGUGACCACCACGAAGGAAGAGGAAAUUGAAAGGCUUCAGAAGAGCCUACAAGCUGUGAGAAUGAAGAGGGAGCAGAGGGAGAGCCAUCUCCGCAGGUCUAUCGUCGUCAUCGAUCCAGACACAGGGAAAGAGAUGCGACCAGAAGAGGCCUACAAACUCGGUCUGAUCGACUGGAAAAUGUUUGUCAACCUGCAGAGCCAGGAGUGCGACUGGGAGGAGAUUACAGUGAAGGGUCCCAAGGGGGAGUCUUCAGUUCUCCAUGACAGAAAAUCAGGGAAGAAGUUCUCCAUCGAUGACGCACUGCGUCUCGGGCACAUCACAAAUCACCACCUUCAGCAGUACAACAAUAAAGAAAUCACCAUCCAGGAGUUUGGUGUUAUGGUGUCGGGCAAGAACAAAUAAAUGACAACCUUUUAAAGAAAUGCAUUUGAAAAGCUUUGUAUACACUUGCUUUUUAUUUUACUCCUAUUCUGACUUAAAUACAGUGGUGAGUUGGCAUUCUUCUGUUCUUUAUCCAUGUAUUUAUUCCCCUUUGCAUUUUCAGUCUGUGGUACUGGCAUGAAUAAUAUGGAUUGAUAUUAAUAUUGUUCUGGCUAACUACAAUAACACUAUGGUUGACUGGGUACGAGGGUUCUGAAAUCCUUUGAUUUGCUGAAAUUAACAAAGGUACUAAACAUUUGAUUUAUGGAAUAUGGAUGUGUGCAAUGCAAGCUUUAAUAAAAGUAGAAUCAAACUAA